AUUUGCUCUCCCCUUCACCGUAUUAUAACUUGCCCGAAUUCAACAAGCCAUGGCCUCUUACCGGUGCACCAUGUUUGCUUUUAUGAUUGCUAUUUCCUUUUCAACCAUGGACAUCACAUUAGCAUCACCUCGGUCUCUACUCCAACAAGUUCCACCAGUUGGAGUCCCACCUGUACAAGUCCCACCAGUUGGUGUUCCCCCUCUUGUACCAGUUCCACCAGUUGGUGUUCCACCUACAGGAGUUCCACCCAUAGGAGUUCCGCCUAUAGGAGUCCCACCGAUACGAAUUUCACCUAUAGGAGUUUCACCCAUAGGAGUUUCACCCAUAGGAGUUCCGCCUAUAGAAGUCCCACCGAUACGAAUUCCAGGAGUUUCACCCAUUGGAGUUUCACCUAUAGUAGUUUCACCCAUAGUAGUUUCACCCAUUCAAGUCCCACCGAUACAAAUUCCACCUGUAGGAGUUCCACCAAUUGGAGUCCCACCUAUACAAAUUCCAUCUACACCACUUCCACCUUUGCCUGGAGUUCCACCUUUAAGAGUCCCUCCUUUACCACUUACACCUUUGCCCGGAGUUCCACCUCUAAGAGUCCCUCCUUUACCACUUACACCUUUGCCUGGAGUUCCACCUCUAAGAGUCCCUCCUUCACCACUUACACCUUUGCCUCUGAAAUAGACAUAUUCGCGCACUCUUCCUAAUAUCCAAGUCCCACCACUUUCAUCUCAUUCCUUUCUUCACCACCGUCAACCAACAUUCUAGUUGGAUUUGGAUUGGAUAUUGGGUUCCUGUCAUUCGCUGCAUAUGCUUUGUUUGAAUUUCAAUAAGUGAUUUAUAUAAUGAUCGCAUAAAUGAUGUAACUUGUGUGUUGUUUGAAUUUCAAUUUCCUUUUCUGUUUUCCAUUUCUAUUUCGCUUUUGAAUGUGUAUUUCCGUUGCACCUCUGCAUUACUUCAUGUACUGCAUGUGCCUAGAGUCGACAGACUCGUUACUAUAGAAUGGAUAUGUUUAUCAUAAA